AUGCCAUUGCUAGAUUCUGUGAAGAGCUUUGUGCAAUCCACGACAGAAUUGAAAGUGAGACAAGCGACCGAUGAAAGUGAAAACUCGGGCGCCACGGGUACGCUGAUGAAUGAGAUCUCAGUUCUCACCUAUAGUCCCAAGACACUGAAGGAAAUUGUUCAGGUAAUAAGGAAAAGGUUGACCGGUAACGGGAGAAAGACAUCACACAAAAACUGCAUUCAUCUCGUCAAGACUCUAACACUAAUAAGCUACUUGAUGAACAAUGGCUCAAAUGAGUUCAUAGCAUGGGUAAGAAGCAGCAUCUUCAUCAUUGAGUGUCUGCGGAACUUCCAAACCGAGGAUCGCGCCGAUGAGAAGAUCUGCAAGCAGAUCAGACUAAUAUCAAAUGAUCUUUGCAUGCUGAUCAGAGACGAUACUCUUCUUGAACAGCGCCGCAAGGAAGUGGGUGUCUUCAGAUCGAGCAUAUCGUCGCCAGGAAGGAAAUCUACCGACAAUAGCCAUCUGAAAAAAUGGUCUAGCAACGCCUCUGCAAAUUCAGAAGGCGCCAAGAGCAAUCUCAGCAUGUCUCCGAUAACUCCGACGACCAUCAAUGAGUAUCAGUAUUCUUCUAAUACUACGAAAUACUAUCAACGAGGUAUGACAAGUCUCGAUUUGAAGAGACGACUCGUGAACAAGAAUUCCUCUGAACACAAUCCGCUAGGCCCAUUACGAGAGGAAGAUGAUGCUCAUACACCCUCGGUCUCCAUCACGGCUUCCAAUAAUCCAUUUCGAUAA